AAGCCAUGUGGCCUGAUGCAUCCAUGAUGCAGUCUGAGCUUAUCUAAUAUUAUGGAGGUAUGUGUAGACACGAUGAUGAUUAUGAUAAGGAUGAGGGUGAGGAUGACGAUGGUGAUAAUGGGCAGAUAAUGAGGAUGAUGAUUCAUCAAGUAAAAAAACAUGACCUCAAAACAGAUAGUCAUGUAAACUAAAUCACGAUGAGGUGUUCUCAAACAGAAAUAGCAGUGGACCUGACUUUUUCUUUAGCUUUCUACAACGGCAGCUGUUGCUUCAGUCUGAAGUUAUGUGACAGAUCGUGUAUAUCACAUGCAUUCAUUUUUACUACAGAACGCUGCACAACGCGCCUAUCCUCUGCCGAAAGAUCCCGAAUCUUGCCUCGCCGAUUCCAAAGGGAGCCGAGGGAGAACCGAUGCUCAGCGCAUAGACGAGAGCCGCUGUUUCCAAUUCACCAUCGCUUUAACAGCCCUAUCAUGUUGGUCAUUUUCCUAGUUUCCAUUAUUUAAACAAUGACUGAGGCUGGAUUCCCGAACGACUUGACAUGUCCGUGAAAUAUAUGGUAUUUGGGGAUUUAUCACCGCAGACAAGGAUUUUUUUCAAUCUCAUUAAAGACCAAACAAGGCGGGUACAUGUUUAAAUAUAUAGGGCGCCUACAGGCACAGUGUAGGCUACAUAUUUUCACAUACGAUCUGUACUCUGUGAACCGAGAGUCCGCAUAUACAUUUAGUUUGAUAUGCAAAAGGAUGUAUUAUCACUGAAAAGAUCAAGGCAGCUCUUUGCGCUGGAGACUAGAAUGAUCGAAAAAAAGGCGUCUGUUUUUGAUGGAGAAUCCAACAAGCAGAGCAAGAUCCGUAGACCCUGAAUAAAAGUGUCUUGUGCUGAAGUCUAAUAGGACCACCGUUAUUUUCAGAAUAUAGAUGUAUUCACCAGUGACAGGAUCCAGUUGAUGACAUUCACCGAGAUAUAAGUAUUUGAAAACAGCCAACAUUGUCAGCAAUUCGAAUUUACUAAUUUGUUCUAUUCUGCCAGUGUGAUGGGAAUUUAUUGCUGAACAUUGGGAGAGCUUUAUGGAAAACCUGAAGACAUGACAUGCACACGAAAAAAGAGGAAACGAUCCUUUUUGUUCUUUAAAACCUGUGUUUAUUUAAGAAUUCUGCAAAAAGCGACAUUAUUUUUGCAUUAAGAUCUGGCCGAUUCUAUGGAGGUGACAAUAUCCUGUAUUAAUUAUUUAAUCUAUUCUUUAUGUUUUCAGUCAUUUAUCAUUGUGGAUUAUAUUUGGAAUUGACGCUCGUUUUGUUGAACCCUCUAUGCCAUUUACUGUUGCUUUACUUGAUUUUGAAUCCUUAUAUAUAUAUAAUGUGGACCGCAACAAGCUCCCCAAACGGCCUAGAAUGAAACCGUAAGCCUUUGUCUCGAGGACAAGUAUAAUACAUGAGGAGGACUGGGGUCACCAAGGAACACUGGGAUACGAGGAACUGCGGUAGCACUUUAUAAUAACUAAGGAGCUGACGCUGUAACAAGAGGCACCGAGGGGUAGCGCUACAGGAAACGAGGGGCUCAGUGCAAAAUGGGGCAAUGCAGAGUGAAGCACGCCGGUUCCAUGUGAGCUCCAGGGAAGAGGCAACCACGAGGACGAACGAAAGGGCAGCUGGAGGAGGAGGAGGAGGUGGCGGUGGAGGAAGAGAGGGAGAAGGAAGAGGGGUGGAUUUCAGGAGAAAAGAGGGCUUGACACAGGAGCCAAAGGGAUGGCCAAUGGCAACGAGAGCAGCGAGGGGCUUGGCGGUCCCAUGGCUGCAGUGGUGGCCACGACGGGAGGAAUGGCAGUCGGGGGCCCAUCGUCGGUCGUGUCCACAUACAUCAAACUGGUCCUACUGGGUCUGAUCAUCUGCAUCAGCCUGGUGGGCAACCUGGUGGUGUCUCUGCUGGUCCUCAGGGACCGGGCCCUGCACAAGGCCCCCUACUACUUCCUGUUGGACCUGUGCCUGGCCGACACCAUCCGCUCGGCUGUCUGCUUCCCCUUCGUGCUGGUGUCCAUUAAGAACGGCUCGGCCUGGACCUACAGCGUGCUCAGCUGCAAGGUGGUGGCCUUCAUGGCCGUGCUCUUCUGCUUCCAUGCCGCCUUCAUGCUCUUUUGCAUCAGCGUGACACGUUACAUGGCCAUCGCCCACCACCGCUUCUACUCCAAGCGCAUGACCUUCUGGACGUGCGUGGCGGUGGUGUGCAUGGUGUGGACGCUGUCAGUGGCCAUGGCCUUCCCACCCGUCUUUGAUGUGGGCACCUACAAGUUCAUUCGCGAGGAGGACCAGUGCAUCUUCGAGCACCGCUACUUUAAGGCAAACGACACACUGGGCUUUAUGCUGAUGCUGGCCGUGCUGAUCCUGGCCACGCACGUGGUCUACAUGAAGCUGCUGCUCUUCGAGUACAAGCACCGCAAGAUGAAGCCUGUCCAGAUGGUGCCAGCCAUCAGCCAAAACUGGACCUUCCACGGGCCCGGCGCUACUGGCCAGGCGGCAGCCAACUGGAUCGCAGGCUUCGGCCGGGGCCCCAUGCCACCCACCCUGCUGGGCAUCCGGCAGAACUUGCACAACCAGAACCGGCGCCUGCUGGGCAUGGAGGAGUUCAAGGCAGAGAAGCAGCUUGGCAGGAUGUUCUACGUGAUCACCCUGUUGUUCCUGGUGCUGUGGUCGCCUUACAUAGUGGCCUGCUACUGGCGGGUGUUUGUCAAGGCCUGCACUAUACCGCACAGAUACCUCUCCACCACCGUAUGGAUGAGCUUUGCCCAGGCAGGGGUCAACCCCAUCGUCUGCUUCUUCCUCAACAAGGACCUGAAGAAGGGGCUCCUGGCCCACCUGCCAGCCUGCUGUAGGACUAAACCUCAUCUGCCCCGAGAGCCUUACUUUGUCAUGUGAGGGGGACGGUGGGCGGUUGUUACCUGGGGAGAGUGUGGAGGGGCGGUGGCAGGGAUGUCUGCGAGUGGUUAGGAUGGCAUGAGGGACCAUUUUAGUUGUUGUGGCCUUUGAUUCAGUGCAAGAUGCUUUAAAAGCAGUGGGUUCAAUCGGGAACUGCCGAAGUGGUGAGAAUUUCAGAAUUUAAUUUCACCUCCGUGUGAUGUAUCUUGGUUUCUCCUUGUCAGAGGCGAGCAGAGGCAUUUCCAACACAUUUGGAAUGUUAUAAAUUGUUUAAAAAUUACUUAUUGAGGGAGUAUUACACACAGUAACAGGCAUGUGGUUGCUGCAGUGUAGAAACAAUGAAACCAAUUGUUGGUCUAAAAUUAUUAUAGGAAGGAUGUAUUGUUUCAUCAUUCUAUUAUCAAACCAAAAACACCUUUGACACCAGCAUAUAGAUUUGGCAUCAUUUGAGAUCAGUUACAUUGCUAACUGACAUUUAAAAAUAUAUAUAUAUUUCCUUUUUAUAAAUGGCCUUGGUCAGGAAACAAAUUUAAAGAGUGAUUUCUUCUACACAAAGACAGAAUACGAGACUAAACCAACAACUCAAACAGUCUCUCUCAGAUGCAUGUUUGUAUUCUUAAUUUUAAUGUGGAACCAAUGAAACUGGUAGGCAGUCUUUAAACAGGCGAGGCCAAGAGAAUGAUCAUUCUGGGCCUGCUAUUGUGAAAGAGAUUGAAGUGAGGAUGACAAUAUUUCUGUAGGUUGUGGGGACAACCUGGUCAUAUUUCUCAGUCACUCCCUCGUCUGUUCUCAGACCAAACAUAUCAGAUGGUCCUCUGACAAUUUGCUAGUGAAUGACUAAUAGGAGAGUGUUCUAGCACUGCUUCCUUCCUUCAUCCGCUUGAAUCAAAGGCAUCAUUAAUACAGUCAAACAGAGAAAUUAUGAGUUUUGUACAAAUAGCAUAUUCAGGCACUGUUGGCUUCAUUUGGAGUUUGAGGUUUCUGACAUUCUAAUUUGGUCUAACACUUCAGAUGAGUACACUAUUGGAUAUGGGAAAACGUUAAAAGAGCUGCCAUCGAGAACAGUUUGAUCUUGUGUUCAUUAGCGUUUAACAGAAAUGAGCAGAUAAUAAUUGGGAAGUGCUAAUAGGCAGACAGAAUUAUGAAAUGCAUGUUUAGCUGAUAUGUGUAAUCACAUGAUUUCUGAGGAUAACUUAAACAGACCAAUGUCCCAAUCAGUGACAAACAGAACUUGAGACCACACAAAAAGCUAUGAUAAAUUGACAGAAAAUGCUCCUGCCAAAUUCCUUUUGCUGUAGGUGAUAUUGUUGCAGAUGAUUGAACAUUGGAAAUCUUUUUCAGCAAUCUGAAAUUGUUUAAAAAGACAGUUGAUAGAAAAUGUUCAUAAAACCUAAACCAGGAUGUUUAGAUCUUCAGAUAGGAUAAAGUUAUUUAUCUUUGAUGACAUCAUCACUUCACAUGAAGGUCUUUGUAGAGAGGUGGGGGAAAAUUCAGCCCAUUCAUAUUUUUGCACACAUUUGAGUAAUUGAUGACAAAUCAAUAGUUUUUUUCUUAGACUUGAACCAGAAUGCUAACUAAGUGUAGGCCGGGACACAGAGAUUGUAAUAUCUUAAGUGAAUGUCAAGCAGAGGUCUGGAACAUGAUACUAUCCCUUCGUGGGUACAAAUGUACAUUUAUUUUAGUUUUCAAAAUGCUCUAAUGUUGUCUGCAAACAAUAACAACAAAAACUAACAAUAACAAUGAAGCUACAGAUAACUGAAUUGUUAUUUCUAUUAUCUGCAUUAUGGCCUUACUCUUCGCUCUCUCUCUCAAAAAAAAGGUUUGUUUAUAACCAAUGCAAGAAAGAGUUGACAGCUGUAUGCCUCUGUGUUGAUGUAAUAAACAGAGAUUAUUCCAACUAAUGGGGAAACACAAAACUGUGUAAUCUCCCCCUCGCAACCUUAAAAAAAACACCAGUCAAACUUUAACAAGGAUGGUAAUAAAGAAAAAACACUUGCCAAAUUGUAACACAGGAGUGUGCAAUUGUGUGUAAAGGACAGAGGAAACUUUAAUCCAACAUCGACAAUUAAUGGAAUUAACAAAAGCCCUUCCUGGAUUAUUGUGGAUUUCUUUUAGACUUUUUGUUGUUGUUUGUUCUCUUAUCAGUCAGUGGGAGGGGGUGGGGGGUGAGGCUGGUGUUGUGUAUUGAUCUGUGAAAACAAGGAUUAAAAAAGUGUGUGGAUUUUGGGGUUGGUUGUUGUUGGGGAGGGAAGGAGGGAGACCGGGAGUGAUUUUUUGAUAAGCAGAAAUGCCUGACAGUGCUUUUUUAGUUGCUUCAGGCACACUAUCUUUUGUAAAUGAUCUAUGACCUCCGUUCUAUUUAAUGUGUAUUAUAUGGACAAUGGAGUGACUUGGAAUUGGGGGGGGGGGGGACCUGGUCAUCGCAUUUUUACAACACGUGUGUGUGUGUGUUUCUGUACGCAAGUAUGAAUGUGCGUAUGUUUAGAGGCUAGAGGGAUGAAAAUAAAAGACAUGUGGGAAAUAGGAAUGGCCAGAAAUGUUGCAUUUUGAAAUUUCACUCCUGCCAAUGCUUAUUCAGUCUUUUUCACCCUCAGCCUGUCCCUGACACAGAGAAUUGAAUGUGCUAAAACCAAUGAGGUUCAUUCAAAAAUCUGAGGCGAGUGUCUUCUUAAACCAUUCAACUGCAGAGCCUCAAGAGGUAGCCUAUAACAUUUUAUACACAUGAAGUUCCUCUAAAAUUGGACUACAGAGCCUUCUAUCUCAAUGGAGAUUCUGUUCUUGCAUACAUGUAUGGGAAUAUGAAGGGUGAAGUCCGUUUGAGAUUGUUUCUUGGGGCGAGUGGUUCUAUCCACAUAGCGUCUAUGAUUAUUGCACUCUUAUUAAGUUCCAAUGUGUCUCAGUGAAAGGAAUAACUUGUAUACAUGAUCUUGGCUUGGGUUUUAAAUUUGAAAUACACUGAGUUAUGUUGGUCAUAGAACUAACAUUCUAAUACUUUCCGUAUUUCUAACUCUUCUGUAGUGUUUUGACUUUGUAAAAGCCCAAAGCCAGCCAAAACCCAAUUUGACAUCUGAAUGUCUUAUUUAAUAACUCACUGAUUUUAGUGUGGCUGUAGUUAUUAUGACCCUGUAUGUGGAGAGACUACAUGUUAUGGAUGAAAAAAAAAAUGUAAAGACAGAAAAAGCUGUCUCAGACACAUGUGCAACCACAGUGUUAUCAUACAUUAAAUCUAUGAAAAGACAGACUCAUAAGGAUAGUCCUGUAUGUCUCUGAAUAGUGGAACAAAUCCUGAAUCUCAGAACUGAAAUGCUUUUGACUUUACCCUUUAAGCUGAACCACAAAAUGUCAAAGCUCACGAAAAAAUCUGCAGUUGAAUAUCAAAUCUAAAAUAGCAGAGGUUUGAAGGAUACCUAUGUAAAUGUCUUUGGGCCCCUAAAUAUCUUGGAAGUCAGAGGGUGUGGUAUCCAUAUAUUUUCUGUAUUAUAUAAAAAAUAAAAAUAAACUGCCUGAGCUGUUAA